GCAGUGAGGGCGUGGGCGUGGGCGUCUGGCAGCUGCUUAAAGACCCUGCAUGGGCAGCAUACGUGGAGAACAAGCAGCUGCCGUACCCGUACUGGCUGGCGGAGAGGAAGGGGCGUGCAGCAUGGGCGAGGAAGUAUGAAGCGGUGGUGAGGCGUGUUGAGCACGGGGAUCGGUGGAGGGUGCAGCUGAGCACGGCUCAAGGCGUGUUGCAGCGCGUGUCCGCGUGGGCCACGUUUGUUACUCCAGGUGUGAUGCCGCUGGGUACUGUGCUCAUGCGCUGGAUCGCCACAUCGCCCCCCCGCCCGCGCACCCUACGCGUGUACGAGGCACACUUGGGCAGCAGCGGGGGGAAGGCGGGGAGAGCGCGCAGUGCAGGCGAGGAGGAGAGGGGCGUGUUGAGAGGGGAGGGGGAGGGGGAGGAGGGCAGGGUGGAAGGAGGCGAGGGGGAGCGGGUGGAGUGGCGUGGAGGUAGUCGGGAGGUGACGAGCUUCGAUGAGUUCACUGAUGCGGUGCUGCCGCGCAUCAAGGCGGCGGGGUACAAUGUGGUGCUGCUGCUUGCCAUCAUGGAACACCCCGACUAUGCCUCGCUGGGCCUCAAGGUGUCGAGUCCCUUUGCAGUGAGCAGUCGCUUUGGCUCCCCGGAUGCUUUCAAACGACUCGUCGACACCGCACAUGGUCAGAAAGCGGUGGGGAUGCGCGUGUUGAGACAACCACAUGCGCCCCACCAGGUGAAUGGACUCGUACGCUUAACAACACCCCCUCGCUCCUCCUCACCCUUCCGCCCCCGCCCGCAUUCUCCACACCCCCCUUCCUCACGCGCACGCUCUACCAGACAUGGGGCUGCUGGUGAUGAUGAGCGUGGUGCACUCACAGGGUGGUGUGGGUGUGCUUAA